UAAAGAUCCGCGGGCCCGUAGCUGCGGAGCGGAGCGCGGAGGGAUUCGUGGGAGCCGCAGUGCGGCGCGCGGACCGGGCGAAGCGGGGCGCGCGCGGCGGCAGUUGAGGGACGGUUGGGGCGGGCGGCGGCGGCGGCGCGCGCUGCGGGCGGUGAGUGUGGAGUCGCGGACGCGCGGCGGAGCUCGAGCUGCUGCAGCUGCUGCGGCCGCCGGAGAAACCUUGAUCCCCGUGCUCCGGAUACCCGGGCCUCGCCAUGGCUGACCAGCUGACUGAGGAGCAGAUCGCAGAGUUCAAGGAGGCCUUCUCCCUCUUCGACAAAGAUGGAGAUGGCACUAUCACCACCAAGGAGUUGGGGACAGUGAUGCGAUCCCUGGGACAGAACCCCACUGAGGCAGAGCUGCAGGACAUGAUCAAUGAGGUGGAUGCAGAUGGGAAUGGGACCAUUGACUUCCCGGAGUUCCUAACCAUGAUGGCCAGAAAGAUGAAGGACACAGACAGUGAGGAGGAGAUCAGAGAGGCGUUCCGUGUCUUUGACAAGGAUGGGAACGGCUACAUCAGCGCUGCAGAGCUGCGUCACGUAAUGACGAACCUAGGGGAAAAGCUGACCGAUGAGGAAGUGGAUGAGAUGAUCAGAGAGGCUGACAUCGAUGGAGAUGGCCAGGUCAAUUAUGAAGAGUUUGUACAGAUGAUGACUGCAAAGUGAAGGCCACCGGGCAGCUGGUGAUGCCCGUUCUCUUGAUCUCUCUUCUCGCGCGCGCACUCUCUCUUCAACACUCCCCUGCGUACCCCGGUUCUAGCAAACCAAUUGAUUGACUGAGAAUCUGAUAAAGCAACAAAAGAUUUGUCCCAAGCUGCAUGAUUGCUCUUUCUCCUUCCUCCUGAGUCUCCCUCCAUGCCCCCUCAUCUCUUCCUUUUGCCCUCCCCCCUUCCAUUCAUGUCUUUCAAGGCCGGAUGCAUUCAUAAGAUGAAUCCCUCCCGUUCCCUUAGGGGAGGAGCCUCUGCCCUCCUCCUCCAGCCCAGGUGGCUCUCCCCCAUUUUGGUUUGUUCCCUUUGGUUUGUCAUCUUAUUUUGGGUGCUGGGGUGGCUGCUAGCCCUGUCCUGGGACCUGCUGGGAAGGGAAAUGAGGCCCUCGCCCAGGCAGAAGAGCAUGCUCUUUGCCAUUGCAUGCGACCAGCCCUGUGAUCCUAUGUACAGAUCCCAGCAGCCUUUUGGGGCAGGGGUGCCAAGAGAGGCAUUCCAGAAGGAUUGAAGGGGCAUUGAGGAAUUGUGGCAUUGACCAGAUGUGGCCCAGGAGGGAGGCAAGGGGGCCCUGGAAGCUGGCAUUCUUUACUACUCAAGGGGGCUGACUCACAGACAGGGACUGACAGAGUGGGCAGCACUCAGACCCCACUGGCUGCUGUUCUGAAACCAUCGGAUUGGCUUUCCGAGGUGUGGCUGAGUGGAAGACUGCUCAUUUGGCCACUUUGCAAAUUGUACUUGCCCACGUUCCUAAAGCAAUCUCAAGCUGUUCUGUAAAUACCUGGUGCUAACAUCCCAUGCCUCUCCCUCAUGAUGCACCCACCCACCUGAGGGCCCGUCCUGGGAAUGGUUGUGAGGUUGGUCACUUUGUAAUGUGCUGGUUACCCUUUUUUUUUCCUGUAUGGCCCUUGAAACUUCGAUUUCAUCCAAAACCAUGCCGGGCUUGCAGAAGGGUGGGGAGAGAGAAGAUGGGCCCCACCACACUCUCAAAAGAACAUACCUGCAAUAAAACAAUCUUGUUGGCCAGCCGCCCAGAGGAUGGCAGCUGAGGCAGCCACUGCUUCCUGGUCAGUCGGCACCUCCCGCUUCUCUGUGGUGACUUGGCGCUGCUUCCUCACAUCUGUGCUCUGUGCCCUCCUUUCCCCUGCCUCUUCCUUUGCCCACCUGCCUGCCCCCACAUUCCCCAGCGGAGAGCAUGAUCCGUGCCCUUGCUUCUGACUUUUCGCCUCUGGGACAAGUAAGUCAAUAUGGGCAGUUCAGUCGUCUGGGUUGUUUUCCCUUUUCUGACCAUUUCAUCUGGCUCCUCCCAUUCCCCCCCACACUGCCCAGGUGGAUCAAGUGACUUUUCCUGGGACCUGCCCAGCUUUGAGAAUCUCUUCUCAUCCAACCCUCUGGCACCCAGCCUCUGAGGGAGGGAGGGACAGGGCAUAAUGGGAGACCCAGCCAAGAGCUGAGGGUAAGGGCAGGUAGGCGUGAGGAAUGUUUUGGUUUUGUUUUUUUUUUAAACCGGGCAAUAUUGUGUUCAGUUCAAGCUGUGAAGAAAAAUAUAUAUCAAUGUUUUCCAAUAAAAUACAGUGACUACCUGA